AUGUCUUUACAAGAUACUACUAAGUUCAGCAAUGAUUUCAUAACGGAGACCACCACUACUGCUGCUGAUACUACUACCGUUGCUGCUAAUCCAAACACUAGAACUACAUCUGCAAACCAUCUUAGAGCCUCCUCAGUAUCAUUACUAGCAGAAGCAGUCACAAAUGGUACACCGUCAUCUUCAGAAUUCAACAGAAGCUACGACAAUGACAGCAGCAAGGAUGUACUAUCUGAAGUACGAAUUUAUGACGAUAUAAUAACUUACGAAAAGGCAUUAUCAAGACUAAUUGAUUCAGUAGACAAAUUCAAACCAAAUCUAAAUAUCGCUCAAGAAUUGAUUCAAGCAGAUAAAUCUCUCUUUGAUACAUUAAACUCAUUCAUACAAUACGACGAAAUCGAUCUUCAUUUGAAAGCUCUAGAAACCAAAGCAUCCAAAAUUGACGAAUUAACACAAUCAACUUUACAAACAUUAAAUGAAUGUCAUGACGACUUGAAUAAAUUACCCACAUUGCCGCAAAUAGAAUUCGAAUUAAAUACAAUAUUGAAUCAAAGGACAAAAAUAAAUUCAACUAUCUUGUUAGAUUAUGCUACGAAAUUAUCUAAAUUUACAAAAAUACCACCAACGUUCGAUAAGGGUUCUAUUGGUCCUAAUAAUUUCAUUUGGCCUGCUGAGGAUUCCUUAAGAAGGGGUAUGCUUGCAAUGGCAUCAUUGAAAGCUGAUCAACUGACGUAUAUACCGGGACAAGCACAAUCAAUGUCAAAGGAAAAAGCAUUGCCUACUGAAGUACAAGAAACACAAGAGCAAACGCAAACGCAACAGCAAGACCAAGAAGAACAACCCAGAAGAGAAUCAUUUGUAUUUUCUGGAAAGAACAAAGAAGAAGAAGAAGAAACCACACAUACUCAUGAAGACUCUAAAAGAAAACAAGAAGAAAAAGAUCAUGAAAGUGGAGACGAAGAUGCUAUGGAUAUUGAUUUAGAUCUAUUUAACCCUGAUGAGUUUUAG